CCUUAAACCCGACAUCCGCCGGGCGCGGAGCCCUGCGCCGAGCUGCCGUCCCCGCCGUGCCGGUAAAGCUGUGCGGGGCAUCGGCCGCCUCCAGGCUUGCACCCCGAGGUCCCCUGCUUGCACCCCAAGGUCCCCCGCUUGCACCCAGAGGUCCCCGCCUGCCGCUGAACCCGAGCAGCCCGGAGGCAGCCGCUGGCCGCAGGUCCCUGUCCCUGGCAGAGGCAGGCUACGCCGAGGCUCGGCGGCUGCCGGCACCGCCAUGGAGUUCGCCGAGCUGAUCAAGACGGCGACAGUGGAGAGCGUGCUGCUGUCGUGCGCGGGGCUACCGGCGGUGAAGGGCACCCUGUGCAUCACCAGCCACCACCUACUCCUCUCCUCCUGCCCCGGGGGGGACAGCCAGCCCGGUACCGUGGAGCUCUGGCUGCUCAUCCGCAACGUGGACGCCGUGGAGAAGAGAGUGCAGAAUUUAGGCUGGUACCAGCCUCCCCGGACUAACGGCUCCCCACGAGACACCAGGCUCGCCGGCUCCUCCGGCACCAUCACGCUCCGGUGCAAAGACCUGAAGGUGCUGCAGCUGGAGAUCCCGGGCAUGGAGGAGUGUCUCAACAUCGCCAGCUCCAUCGAGGCCCUCUCCUCGGUGGACUCCGUGAUGAUGAUGUACCCGUUCUUCUACAGACCCCAGAGCCUGAAGCUCGAGGAAGGAUGGAACCUUUUCCCCCUCGAGCGGUACUUCCAACAGAUCGCCUCGCAGACGAGCCAGUGGCGGCUGAGCGACGUGAACCGGGAUUUCACCACCUGCCCCACGUACCCUCCCGCCGUCAUCGUGCCGGCGGCGGUGGACGAUGAUGCCUUGCAGAAGGCUGCUCGUUUUCGGCAGGGUGGGCGAUUCCCCGUCCUCAGCUAUUACCACCCCAAGAAUGGCACCGUGAUGCUCCGCAGCAGCCAGCCGCUGACGGGCCCCAAUCGAAAGCGCUGCCGUGAGGACGAGAUGCUGCUGGGGACGGUCCUGGAUGAGGGGGAACGGGGCUUCAUCAUCGACACGCGGUCAGCCCAGGCGGCGAAGCAGGCUCGGAUGACGGGGGGGGGCACGGAACCCAAGUCCUCCUACCCGCGGUGGAGGAGGCUGCACCGGCCCCUGGAGAGAGGCCGCCCGCUGCAGGAGAGCUUUAUUAAGCUGGUGGAAGCCUGCAACGACACUUCGAUCAACAUGGACCGGUGGCUGAGCCGGCUGGAGAGCUGCCGCUGGCUGAGCCACGUCAAGGCGGCCCUGAGCACAGCCUGCCUGGCCGCACAGUGCAUGGACAGGGAGGAGGCCAGUGUGCUGGUGCACGGGGCGGAGGGAACGGACACCACGCUGCUGGUGACGGCGCUGGCCCAGGUGAUCCUGGACCCGUCCUGCCGCACGCUGGUGGGCUUCCAGGGGCUGCUGGAGCGGGAGUGGAUCGAGGCCGGCCAUCCCUUCCACCUCCGCUGCGCCCGCUCUGCCUACUCCCAUGCCCGGCUGAAGCAGGAGGCACCGCUUUUUCUCCUCUUUCUUGACUGCGUGUGGCAGCUGAGCCGCCAGUUCCCCUUCUCCCUGGAGUUUGGGGAGCACCUCCUCCUCACCCUCUUCGACAACGCCUAUGCUUCUGACUACGGCACCUUCCUCUGCAACAACGAGAAAGAGAGGUGCCUGUGUAAAGUGAAGGAGACCACGCACUCCCUCUGGGCUUGGCUGAACCAGCCUGGAGAGAAGAAGAAGUACCUGAACCCUCUCUACUCGCACAACGCCCUGGUCAUCUGGCCCUCCGUCGAGCCCCAGAGCAUCCAGCUCUGGCAGGGUUUAUUCUUCCGAUGGAUCCGUUCAUCCCAGUACCUGGACGAGGCCUGGGCAGAGAUCGAGCGGUUAGUAGAGGGCAACAAACCCCCUGUCAAGGAGAGUGCAGGGAACAGGCUGAGCCGGUCCCUCUCCGAUCCCGCUGCCCAGACAGAGAACGAAAGAUGAACAGCAGCACGGGCAGUUCGGUCCCCGUGGGUUGCCGGCCCAAGGUGAUGCUGCAGCUUUCCGUGGGAAGCGCUGUGCAGGACACAGGCCUCGCCGAGCCCAGAGGACAGCUCUGGUGGUGCAGACACACUCUCCCUUUCACAGCCUCUGGGCUGCGCAGACUGAGCUUGUUUCAGUAAAGUGCUCUCUCUCGCA